AUUAUUAAUUCCCUAAUACAGAUUGUAAUUUGUCUAGUAUACAAUAUAGUAUGUAUUUGCAUAUAGGAAAUACAGAUAAUUUGUUUUAUUCCACAAAAUGAUAAAAUACAAGUCCACUAUUUUUGGUGUUGGGAAUUUCCCUCAUGGAUUUUCCCUUUUUUUGGAAGAAUCGAGAAGACUGCCAGUUAGAUGAAAUCUUGUGAAUGAUAAAAUAGUCAAGAUCAAAAGACUCAAGAGGGUUUCGGCACAUUCCUAAAGGACUUGCUUCAAAUCUUGCAAGUGAACGAUGGGUAAAAUGACAACCACUCUGACUUUGAUGCAGGGAAUAUUAUUUAUAUUCCAAAUACUACAAAUUUGUGCCUGCCCUGUUGGAUAUAAAAGUAGAGAUGAUGGUACCUGCUGCAAAACAAGGAAUUGUUCACGAGGAGAAGGGUACUCGUUUUGUAAAGGUACAAGUGAAAAUCCUGGUGAAGAUGUCUGCUUUAGGUGUCCAAAAGGGACUUAUAAUAUAGAUGCCAUCAACACAGCUGAUAUGCCUGAGGUCUGGCAAGUCUGUGUUCCACAAGAUUGUUCUUGCGAGCUUCCUGGAACAAUUAUUGAAAAUCUGACAGCUUGUGAAGCCGGAGAACAGAAGAUUUGUGUCUGUGACAGAAGUCAGCUUCGCUAUGGACUUGAUCCAAUGAUUUGUAGUAGAGUGGAAGAUCCCAAAGAUAUUGCCAGCAUCCAUCGACCUGGAUUCGAGCUCACCCUCACCGGAAGUGUAGAGAAAUGUAGAAAAGGAUAUUACAAACCUAAAGUUAAUGACAAUAUCUGUGUGCCCCAUCAAAAAUGCCAGUCAGGAUACCAUGUGAAGAUACCUGGGACCACGACUACAGACAACGUGUGUGAGGAAAUACCAAGAGAAAGGGAGACAACCCCGAGAUUGCCUCCAGAUCGGAAAAAAAAUGACACUGCUCCUGAUGUAAAAGUGGAUCCCACUAGCCAUCCUGAUGCACCAAUAUAUGUGUAUGUGAUCAUUGGUGCUUUUGUAUUUGUGUUAUUGCUACUAUUAUUUACAUUCUGUGUUUGUCGCAGAAUAAUGCCAGAGAAGUACAGAGUAGCCAAAGAAUUUUUGAAGAGAAAGUUUUGCACCAAUACAGAAUUUCAACCUGACAAUGAAGAAGAUCUCUAUGAACCAUUGAACAUUCAAGAAGUCAAUCAAAUGAAUAAGCAGACAAUUUUACGUGAUGAAAGAGAAACGGGGGAGAGAGGUAGUGAACCAGAAAUCCCUCCUGAUUCACUUCAUGGGGAUUUAUCUGCAGAUUUAAGUGAUGUAUCCACCUACGUACGCCAAGCUAAUAUAAUUCUAGAUCACUCAACACCACUGACAUCAUAUGAUUUAGAGGACCAAGUGCAGAGUGUGGAAGAAAGCAGUACUGGUCUGGACUUGGAGACAUCUCUGAAAACUUCAAUAACCGACUCAAACUCCAAUCUAGGGGUCAGUGUCCAGGGUGAAAACAGUGUGGAAAAUAGAAGACCCAUUGGUCGAGUAUUCCCCAGUGUUAGAGAGGAGAAUCAAGAGGGAGACCAAAGUGGAAUAAUUACAAGCCCCUCAGAGGAUGACAGUGGGCAGUUAGUUCCUGGUGGUCAAAGAGUCAUGGCAAAUCGUGUCUAUUUAGUUCAGUCACCAGGCAGUGAUGAUCAGCAAUCCUUGGAUCUCUCUGAGUUGGGUGUUCAACGAGUAGGGGAACACUCAAUUGAUUAAACACCAGAGGUUGAAAAUGUAUAUGAACACUAUGGAUCUGCAAUAACUAACAGGAUCUAGUUUUGUCAAUUGACAAGUCAAAACUCGAGGAGAAGACAAUACUUCAUCAAAGGCCUGCUUGGGCUGUUCAUUCAUCAUUAAUAUGAGACUCAGAGAUGCAUCACAUCAAUGGAGGAAGGGUAGUGAAAAAAUAUAUCUAAUAAAACAAGUCAUACUGUUGAGGAAAGAGCUAUCAUGAAUAUGGUAGAAACUAAAAAUGAAUUUGGGGAAAAGAUAAAAUUAUUGUAUGGGGAGAAACUUUAAAGGGUUUCGGAGUUAAUACAAUAUAUGUAUGAUCAACUCCUCAAGUGUCAGGUCUAAGGAUGGACGGUGAUUGUACCCUGUUUGGGGGAUAUUUGACCACCAAGAUGUGCUACAGCCAGUGCUGGUCAUACAGCUGCUGUGACACAUACCAUGUCUGUUCUAUAGAGUUUGAGAUAAAAGGAAGUGGGUUCUUUAUCAAUGCACAUACAGUGCCAUGUCAAAUUGAUUUAGACUUUCUGCUACUUUACAGCUAUGAUAUGGA